GUUACAGCAAUCUUCCCUUCAGAUGGUUUGAGUAUCUGAAGGAGAGCAAGUCUUUGGCGGCUCCCGUCAACCUCUUCAACAAGGAAGUCCCUAACCACAGAUUCUGCCCCGGCAUGAAGCUGGAGGCCGUGGACCUCAUGGAGCCGCGGCUUGUCUGCGUCGCCACGGUGACACGCAUUGUCCACCGGUUGCUACGGAUACACUUUGAUGGCUGGGAGGAUGAGUACGAUCAGUGGGUGGACUGCGAGUCACCUGACCUGUACCCGGUGGGGUGGUGUCAGCUGACCGGAUACCAGCUGCAGCCGCCUGCUGUCACUGCGGGCUCCAGAGAACUGCAGUCAGCAUCCAAACAGAGGAAGAAGUCUCAGCAGUAUAAGGGACAGAAGAAAA